AUGGGAUCUAACGAACAAACCGUGCUGCAAUUCGUACCGUCGGCCGCAAGCGUGUCGGCUAGGGUUCAUCCUCUUGUUAUAUACAACAUUUGCGACUGUUAUGUGAGGCGGCCUGACCAGGCGGAGCGCGUUAUCGGCACGCUCCUCGGAUCGGUUUUGCCUGACGGCACCGUUGACGUACGCAACUCUUACGCCGUCCCCCACAAUGAGUCAUCGGAUCAGGUUGCAUUGGAUAUUGAUUACCAUCAGAAUAUGUUGGCGUCCCACAGGAAGGUGAACCCGAAGGAAGUCAUAGUUGGAUGGUUCUCAACUGGCGGAGUGACUCCUGGCAGUGCUUUAAUCCACGAGUUUUACUCAAGAGAAAUCACCAAUCCUGUUCAUUUGACUGUUGACACAGAAUUCAGAAGUGGAAAUGCCGCCAUCAAGGCAUUCGUCUCGAUUAAUCUGUCUCUUGGUGAUCAACAGCUUGCUGCUCAAUUUCAAGAAAUCCCAUUGGACUUGCGCAUGGUCGAAGCAGAAUGCGUUGGAUUUGAUGUGCUUAAGCCAACGAAUGUUGACAAGCUUCCGAAUGAUCUGGAGGGAAUGGAGGCCUCUAUGGAACGGUUGCUUGCUCUAAUUGAUGAUAUCUAUAAAUAUGUGGAUGAUGUUGUGGAAGGGCGAACUGCUGCCGAUACUAAAAUCGGGAGAUUCAUAUAUGAUGCCGUAGCAUCUCUCCCUAAACUGCCACCCCACAUUUUUGAUAAGCUUGUGAAUGAUAACCUGCAGGACCAGCUGCUGUUACUAUAUUUGUCGAGCAUAACAAGAACACAACUCAGCCUAGCGGAAAAGCUCAACACGGCUGCUCAGAUCCUUUAA